UUUCGAAUCAUAAAAAAUGUGUGCACCUCGACACGACACGCGGUGAGUUUGAACAGCUGACGAGCACUCUGGAACAUCCGUGAGGCCGGAAAAGUGAAGCCACUAACUAAGUCGAAGAAGCGGACUGCACUACUGUUUGUCUGGACGAUUACAGGGGCCUCUUUUCCAAUUAAUAUGCUCAGGCUUUGACAUACGUAAUGUCCUUUAGACCAAGGUUGUGAAUGUGCAUAAGGAACGGACCAGAGGGAUCAUGUCCUCGUCCAAAGAUAAUGUCAUGGAGCAAAGACUGGCCCACAUCAAGAAAGAGGAAUAUGAGUGGGGCUUAGCCCACCUUGCACCACUGAAAGACUAUAAGAAGAGAAUUUUGGUUUUCAAAGAGGAAUCUGAAGAGACAAUGGUUGGCAUUAAAGCAGAAGAUUCCGAACAGGUCUCUGUUAGCCAUGAACAAAAGCCUGCAAAUGUUUUCAAGGAAGAUGAGUCUUCAGGGAAUGGUUUCAGUUUGCUGGUGUGUCCAGAACUAUUGAAAGAGAGGAGUUGUGUAGGGGCUACCGAGACCGGGCAAUACACUUCAUCAGAGCGUUGUGACAAAUGGAGUCCUAAAUCACCAGACUUUGAGGUUGAAGUUCCUGAGAGGACAUGUUACAAGAGAGAAACUGCGGAACAGUCAACUGAAAAGCACCUUGGAACAUCAGAAGAAAGCGACAACUUCUCCCCACCUUCAUUUGCUCAGACAUCCCUCCAUUGCAGACCACAACAGAAACAGUAUGAUGAAAAUAGCAAAGAAUUAAAACCUGGACCAAAAAUCUUAAAACUGAACUCUCUGCCAUUUAGUUCUUUUCAUAUUGUGAGCUUAUCAGGAAUAGAUGCUAUUAGCAGUAAACCGGUGCAAAGUAUCAGUUCAAUAGAUUUGUAUAUCUGCCAAGAGUGUGGGAACAGUUUUAAGCGCAAAUCUAAUUAUAAGAAUCAUCAGAAGAUUCAUAUGAGGAAAACUCCAUGCUGCUGUUCAGAAUGUGGUAAACAAUUUGCAAGCAUCCGGAGUCUACAUUUACAUAAAAGAAUUCACACUGUGGAGAAACCUCAUUGUUGUACUGAGUGUGGCAAACGGUUCUCACAGAUAUGGCUACUUGAAAGCCACACUAAAAUCCACACUCGGGGGAAGCCUCACAGCUGUUCUGAAUGUGGCAAACAAUUCUCACAAAUAGGCCAUCUCCAAAUACACACAAGAGUUCAUACUGGAGAAAAACCCCAUUGCUGUUCUGAAUGUGGGAAACAAUUCUCACAAAUAAGCAGUUUGAACGCACACUCAAGAAUUCACACUGGUGAAAAACCUUACUGUUGUUCUGAAUGUGGUAAACGAUUUUCACACAGUAGCAUCCUUCGUAGACACACACAAAUUCAUACUGGAGAGAAGCCAUACUCUUGUUCAGAGUGUGGCAAUAAAUUUUCCACUAGUCACAAUCUUCGGAAGCAUAUGAGAAUUCACACUGGGGAGAAGCCAUACUGCUGUUCCGACUGUGGAAAACAAUUAACCACCAGCAACAGCCUACGGAGCCACAUGAGAAUUCAUACUGGAGAGAAACCAUAUUGCUGUUUUGAAUGUGGAAAAAGAUUUUCACGCACAAGCGAUCUUCAGAAACAUUCAAGGAUUCACACUGGAGAAAAACCUCAUCAUUGCUCAGAAUGUGGCAAACAAUAUUCAGAUGCAAGAAGCCUUCAGAUCCAUGUGAAAAUUCAUACUGGAGGAAAGCCUCAUUGCUGUACAGAAUGUGGAAAACGAUUCUUACACAAAAUCAGCCUUCAGAGCCAUUUACAAAUUCACAUUCCUUUAAAAAACUCAGCCUAGUAUUUCACAGGAGUGAGGGGAAUGUUUUUAAAAAUGUAUAGUCAAGCAGAAAGAAACAGUAGAAAAGACUACGAAUUUUAAGGAAAGUAUCGUGUUGAGUUAAUGCAGCCUCUAGUGGAUUACCACUGGCAACUCAGAAGAGAUGUGUCUAAAUUUACCAGUGGAAGUUAUUGAUCUGUGCUUGAGGAGGUUCAAA